AAGAAAACUCCAAAACCUCAACUACUUAACUUCUUCCACACGAACUCUUACAAUUCUCACCUGUUGCUCUCACAGUCUCACUGGUUCAUCACGACACCAACCAAAUACCGAAGAUGGAUUAAUUUUCUCAAAAAACCCAAGUUAAGGAUUUCUCAUCAUAUCCACUUCUCUUGUUUUUUGAGUUUCCCAUGGCCAGUGUUGAAGUUCGACUUGUUUUUUCAUUUGGGUUGUCGGGUUUUUUGUGAAAAAUUCUUGUUUUUCACUCCAAGUAUCGAAAGGACCAUGCUCUUUGCAAUUCUCUAGUUCCAUGGUGCAUGCUGUAUGUAGUAGCUUAAUCUAACUGUUUUCUGAGAUGGGUUCCUUCACAAAGUUCAUGGCAUCUGCUGUUUUCUUCAUAGUUUUAUCAUUUUUUCUUGUUCCUACAAGAACCCAAGAAGAAGGAUUCAUAUCUGUUGUCAUAUCCAGCAAGGGUCUUGAGUUUUCCAAGGACUUGCUAAUAGAGCAGGCUGUUUCCUCUAUAAUCCCCCUUCAACUGCCUCAGAUUGAAAAGUCUGUGAAAAUCCCACUUGUUGGCCAAGUUCAUGUUGUUCUGUCCAAUAUCACAAUCUAUAAUGUUGAUGUUGCUUCUUCAUAUGUGGAGACUGGUGACUCAGGUAUUGCUUUAAUUGCUUCAGGAGCCACCGCAAAUUUGAGUAUGGAUUGGUGCUAUUCUUAUAGCACUUGGUUAUUUGAUAUUUCAGAUCAUGGGGACGCCUCCAUUCAGGUUGAAGGUAUGGAAGUGGGUGUUACCUUAGCUUUGAAUGGCCAAGAAGGAACUCUUAAGCUGUCUGUUUUGGAAUGCGGCGGCUAUGUGAAAGAUAUCUCUAUUAAGUUAGAUGGUGGAGCAUCUUGGCUUUACCAAGGGUUAGUGGAUGCUUUUGAAGGUCAAAUAGUUUCUGCAGUUGAAGACAAUAUUUCCAAGAAAAUCAGAGAAGGAAUAAUGAAGCUUGACUCCUUACUGCAAUCACUUCCGAAACAAAUCGCACUGGAUGACAUUGCUGCUUUGAAUGUUACAUUUGUGGGCAAUCCUGUAUUGAGUAAUUCUUCCAUUGAAUUUCAGAUCAAUGGUCUAUUCAUGGCUCCGAAUGAUGAUUUUGCUUCCGGCCUGUACAAUAAAGGUUCACUAGAUCAUGUUCCCUUCAAUGCUCCAGCUAAGAUGGUUGAGAUAUCAUUACAUGAAAAUGUCUUUAGCUCAGUGUCCUUAGUUUUCUUCAAAGCAAAUUAUAUGCAAUGGGUGAUCAACAAAACACCAGAUCAGUCCCUUUUGAACACUGCUGGAUGGAAAUACAUUGUUCCUCAACUGUACAAGCAGUAUCCCAAUGAAGAUAUGGAGCUUAAUAUAUCUGUAUCUUCUCCACCAAUAAUGACAGUUGUUAACAAUGGCAUUAAUAUCACUGUUUACUCUGAUGUGACAAUUGGUGUCAUGGAUGCUGAUGAAGUAAUACCAGUUGCGUGCAUAUCAUUGGAGAUUCAUGCUUCAUGUUCUCCAGAUGUCUUGAUAAAUAAACUAGCUGGUACUGUUAAAUUGAAUCAUGUUACUGCAUAUUUGAAGUGGAGCAAAAUUGGUAACCUUCACAUGCAUCUUGUUCAGGCCGUAUUGUCAACAAUUCUCAAAACUGUUGUGGUGCCAUAUGUGAAUUUACACCUCUGGAAGGGACUACCAUUACCACUUCCUCAUGGGUUUACACUACAUAAUUCUGAAAUCGUCUCCAUCAAUUCAAGGCUUACGAUAUUCAGCGAUGUUGCGAUUGCAGAACGAUCACCGACAUCAGUAAGCAGACCUUUAAUUUCAAUAAGAUAGUAUGUAAACUUUGUAUACUAGUAGGUGUUUGUUUUUCUUUGUACAUCAUUUUAGAAUAGUGAACCCAAUGCAAAGUCAAAAGAUUAGUUUAAAACGUUUGUUGUAAUGAAGUUUUGUUAUGAUUCUGUUGUAAAACUAUGCUGCAUAAGUUGUUUGUUACAAAUGUUUUUGACUC